AUGGUGUGCUGGUUAAUAGGUUUAGGAAUAUUCAUUUAUAUAUCCUAUCGAGUAUACCAACAUUUUUAUCCAACACCAGAUAUAGAUUCACGAAAUAAAUAUGUAUUAAUUAGUGGAUGUGAUUCUGGUUUUGGUCAUGGACUAGCUAUUGAAUUAGAUAAACAAGGUUUCAAUGUUCUCGCUGGUGUUUAUAGUUCAAAUAGUAAUGAUUCAUUAGGACAGAUACUUUCAUCACGUGCAACUAUCUUUCAAUUGGACAUAACACGACAAGAAGAUAUUGAUGCUGCUUAUGAAUUAGUUAGUAAUAAAACUAAAGUACUUCAUGCACUUGUUAACAAUGCCGGUAUUGGUGCAGGUGGAUAUAUUGAUUGGAUUUCAUUAGAUUUUAUGCGUAGAAUGAUGGAUGUAAACUUUUUUGGACAUGUUGCAAUGACUAAGAAAUUUUUACCAUUACUUAUAGUUAGACGAGAUUCACGUGUUGUUAAUAUUUGUUCUGUUGCUGGUUAUUUAACUAAACCAGGUAUGUCAGCUUAUUCGGCAUCGAAAUAUGCUUUAGAAUCAUUUUCCGAUUGUCUUCGUCGUGAAAUGGCUGUAUGGGGCUUACGUGUGAGUAUAAUUGAACCUGGUUUUAUGAAAACAAACAUCGUUGAAGGACAUGAUAAAUCGUUGAGUGUAUUAUGGAAUGGUUUAUCAGAUGAUACUAAAGAACGAUGGGGUGAACAUAAUCUUAAACAACAAAUUCAAGAAGUUUUAAAUAAUAUAUUCAUGAAGAGAGCUGAAAAUCCUGCCAAAGUAGUACAAGCACUUAAACAUGCCGUCAUGAAUACAGUACCACAAAUCCGUUAUAGACCUGGAUGGCAAUCAAGUUAUGUAAUGUUUCCAAUUUCAAGAGGUCCAGCUUGGUUAGCUGAUAUGCUUAUGAUUAGACCAAGUUUAAAAGGUACUCCACCUGCUGGUAUAAGCAAACAAAUUAAAGACUAA